AGUUUUUUCUCUUAUAUAAAGGCCGUCGUAGUUAAAAGAUAAGUGACAAUCAUUUACACCUUUAUUUAUGCUCGUUCAGUCGACUUUUCUUUGUAAGUAAGGCAAGGCGUGGUCAGAAUUUUUAUAAUAAAAAAGUUUGAAAAACAAUGAGAAAAAUUUAAACCGAAAAAAAGUGGAUUUCGUUAUUAAAUUUUUCAUAAAUGGAAAAGACAUUUUUCAUUUUUGCGAUAACUUUAUGCCAUGGAGUUGUUUUCACUGACAGUGGUCGUCCAGAUCCCAGCGUCACAAUCAAUAAGUUGAUAAUGAAUUAUGGUUACGCGUUUGAGAUUCAUAAUGUGAUAACUGAUGACGGAUAUAUUUUGGAAAUUCACCGAAUUCCUGGAAUAAUCAAUGGAAAAUUAAAUGGAACAAAAAAAGAAAAAGUGGCUCUAUUAAUGCAUGGCCUUAUCGGUUCCUCUGCUACUUGGGUCCUUACAGGACCCAAUCGGUCAAUAGCGUUCAAUUUAGUCAAUAAAGGCUAUGAUGUCUGGUUGGGUAACAAUCGUGGAAAUACUUACAGUACGAAACACGUAUCAAAAUUAGAAACAAGUUACGGAUUUUGGGACUUCAGUUGGCACGAGAUGGGAAUAUAUGACUUGCCAGCUACAAUUGAUUACGUUUUGAGAUACACAAAUAAAAAAAGUCUUCACCUACUUUGUUUUUCUCAAGGGUGUACUCAGACUUUUGUUAUGGGGUCCCUAAAACCCGAAUAUAAUAAAAAAAUAAAAUUCGUAGUAGCUUUGUCUCCAGCUGUUUACAUGACGCAUUUAUCAGGCAUAGCAUCAUUUAUUUCACCAUUUACUUAUAUACUAUCCAGUAUAUUAGGGGAAUUAGGAUUUUUUCCAUUUCUUCAAGCUUCACCAUUAUUUAGAAUUUUUACAAGUUAUUUUUGCAAAUUGGGAAGUCUAUUUCAGCCUAUUUGCCUUUCCAUUAUAUUUGCAUUUAUUGGACCUGGAUAUGAAGAAAUAGAUCAGGAUAAACUUGAGCAUUUUUUAAAAUAUGAACCUGCUGGAAGUUCAUUAAAACAAGCGGCACAUUAUGGAUUUGGACAAUAUAAUCCUGAUCCUGUGAAAGUACCACUUGGAAAUUCCUCAGGAUUGAGCGACUGGAGCCUAAUGGAGUUUCCUCGACUAACUCUGGGCUCAAUUCGAAGACCUCGCCUCUUCUCAUGUUUAUACCAGCCCGCUUUUUUGAUUGUUGAUGAUAUAUUCCACGAAGAAAUGAAAAGUGUAUUUAUGAAUUUCGAAUUGACGAUGCGGACUAACGUGGGAAAUAAGCCGAAUAAGAUCUAUUUGUGGGAGAUUGAAUCCAAGUAUGUGUCUAGAAGGAUGCCGGGUAUUACGAGACCUGAAAAAUGCAGACUUUGGAGGAAACCUGGCGGGUGCAUCAUUGGCAGGAGAAGUACUGGUACUGGCAGGAGAUCUGGUCCUGGAACGAAGAGGACGCUCGGUAGAGGGGUACUUGUAGAAUUAUCAGAUCAUAAGCGGCGAGUAGUACCAGGAACAGGGUCACCAUUAGAUCGAAGUUUCUGGUGUCUGUUUAUAGAAAGAAGAAGACAAAAUGCUUACAGGAUGCAAAUGAGUAGUGUAACCGGGUUACCCCGAACUUACGCAGAUCAGCCGUUUCAAAACGUGGGGGCUAUAAAUAAGCCGCGCAAGCGCGAUACUGUGUCGCAGGUCCCGUGUGCCCAGAACGGCUCGAAUAUACUGUUGAUCAAACAGUUCGGCUUGUUCGGGGUAAUGUUAACUUGUGCCUGCGGUUUUGUUAGUUAUGCGAAAAUUGAUAUGCCUCGCUUAUUAUCGUUCACUGUAGCUCAUCGUGGUCUGUCGCAUGGUUCCUAA